AUGGAUUCUCUACCUGCAUAUCAUGAGCUGAACAAAGACGUUGCAACUCUCGUCGCUCCGUAUCUCAACACUUCCGAUCUCUACUUUGGCUGUCUCGUCAAUUCUCACUUCAAUGCGAAAUUUGGCAAUUAUCUUUGGGCCAACCCAUUUCGAGACCUAGCCCAAAGAAAAGAACCUUGUGGAGUUGUUACCAGAUUCUUCUAUGCCUCUACAAGACAUGAUCUCAAGACGCUCAAGAGAGUUCGAAUUCUUGACCUGCGUGCACUACACGAGAUCAGACGUGAUAGAGCUCAAACAAAAGAUUGCGUCGUAUUCGGGCCCAAUCUGAAGCCUGAAUGGUUCUUUAAAUUCUUCAAGAAUUUUCCAGAUCUCAAUUGCGUCCUUCUCGCACCAACAUGCUCCGAAGACUACGGCGUAGCUACUGUCCCUGGCAAGCCAGAUGAUUAUGAUGGGGCGCCGCAGCUAGAAUUCUUGAGCGCGGCGGGUUGCAAUACGUUCAACUACUCCCUGAUUCUUAAUCAUAAUAUAACCAAGAACCUGAUAUAUCUCGACGCAUCUGAGACUGCUCGUAGUACAAACUGGAGAGCCAUGUUCACCAUACAGAACCUUCCAAAACUUAGGAUUUUGAAGCUGCGAGGCCUAAGAUUAACAGAUACCAUGUUACCUCCCAUUGUAAACAACUCUAGAGGGCAGAUUUGGUCUUUAGACCUUCGUGAUAAUCUCUUGACUGACAAUGUAAUCUAUCCUCUGAUACGAAGCUGCUUUCUGGGACGGUUGCCAAGUUACAAGCAUGGUCCACUCCGUGCAACAGACGAUGACCUAUUCGAAGAUCCUCCAAUUUACAGUGAAAUCAACGAAAGUAGCGACUCGUCUCCGACUACAAUAACUACACUUCGCCCUGAUAGUAUUCAUGACGUUGAAAGUUCUAGGCACGGGAUAAAUAUUCUUGAGCGAAGAAAUAAUGCUGAAGAUAACCUUUUAUUGGCAACAGGCCUGACCCAUCUCUACAUAUCAAACAACAAAUUCACAGCUCAUGCACCUAAAAUCCUCCUCGCCAGCACAAAUUCUCUACAACUCCUAGACAUCGGAUCCACCCGCCCCAAUCCACCCAUCGGCGCCGGCUCCAGUAUCGACACCCACACACAAGAACACAGCAUCCCCUAUCUCUCACGAACAUGGCAGCCCCAUCUGGAAAUCCUCCGUAUCCACCACUCCAUCGUGACACACCAACUACCAACCACCAAACCUCACAACCAACACUCCCACUCCCACUCCGACAACCCCGCAACCACAACCACACCCCCCAACAUCUCAACCCGCUACCAAACAACCCCCUCACCAGAUCCCCACACCCCCUUCGACCCAUCCAGCAAUCCUCGUCUACACACUCUAACCCUCACCUCCCUUCCCCGCAGAUCAAACCCAAGCAGCUCACUCUUCCCCGCCCUCCAACACUUCAUCCACCGUCUCUCGUUACAGGAACUCACAAUCCGCAACACCCAAAAAAAUCUCGCCAGCAGACGCGCUCCACCCCUCUACCCGGGACUUCGCGAACUGAUCCUCGAGUUUCUACCCGAGACGCGAUCUGCGGAUGGCGGCGGCGGUGGUGCUUCAAUUACGGAUGAUCAGGACGCGGAUGCGUAUCAUAAGGAAUUGGCUCGUGAUUUUUCUUUUUUAAGCCAGGAGGAUGUUCGCGCGGUCACGGGGAAAGAGAAGGGGGGAAAUGGGAAUGAAGGAGUGCAUCAUGUUGAUAUUGUGGAGGAGCUGAGGAAGUGGAGAAAGAGUGAGGUUUUGCGCUGGGGUGGGAAGUUGACGAUUAAGCUGUUUUAG